AUGAGCCAAUUGAGGCUUUUGCUGAUUUUUGUCAUUUUCAGUACACUUUUUCUAGAGAUUUCUGCUGACGGAGAGGUUUGUGAAAGGAGCAUGCAUUGAAAAAGUACAUAAAGAUGUGAAUUUCAGAAAAGAGCCAUUCACAAUGACGCGUUUUUGAUGUAAGUGACGAGGCGAUGGAUGAGAAGAAAGCAUGUUUUGCAGCGUGCAAAACUUCUCGAGCUAACGUUCUGCGCCUUUAAAUACGAGGAGGGUUACGGUUGAACACAAUUUUCCGGCCAGAGAGCCGCUGUAUACACUUUUACUUUUGUUUAUCCCUCCGAAAUCGGUUCAGUUCUAUCAGAAAAUGGGAAAAAUUGUGCUCUACCGUGUCGACCCGUCAAAUUUAAAGGCGCACAACUCUCGCUUGAAAAAUUUUGAAAUAAAAACCGUUUAUAUAUUCAGACCGCUCACCAAAACUCGUGCUGUCCGUGUUGUUUCCCCCUCAUCUUUCAGACAUCUUCCCGAUCCCCAUGGAACACAUUUGAGGUGAGUUCCUUCGAAACUACGUACAGUAGGAUUUAUUUCCAAUUUUUAGGAUUCUCAAUGUUGGCGCUGAGGAGGCUGAUACCAGGUGGGUUACUGUAGGGUUACUGUAAUUGUCUACAAUAUUUCAAUUUUAUUCCAGACACGGCGCAGAUGGAUUUUCGGGAAAUUUGGCAGAAAGGUACAGCAAUACCAAUCUUGCAGUUAAAAAUUGAAAAUAAGAAUGUUUAGCCUCCCGAAACAGCAGGAUCGUCCGAAAAGAGAGUAAGCCUACUUACAAAUACUGUGAAAUCACUAUUUUCGGUACAGUAUGGCGGCUACGGUAGUUGGCGCGGCGGUCAGCAGUGUCGUGAACAAUCUGAUGAAGAACGCCGCGCACAAAAACGAGGAAACACCGAAAAAAGCGGCCGAUGUGCCGCAGGGAGCUAUCAUCGAAUCCGGAGAGAUUCCGCCCAUGUGAGCACACUAUUUUUCUGAGUUUUCCAGUGCAAAGAUUCUUCAAAACAGAUUUUUUCAGCUCCAAUGAAAUCGUUCCACUUCCAUUCGUGACAAUUAAAGCCAAUAACCCAGUGUAAGUGAGUUUCUCGAACAUUUUCCAGGUUCGAUGCGCCAGUGCCAGUUAUUCUUCUGAAAAAUCGAUAAUUCAGAAAAUUACAUUUUUUUUAGAGCCAAUGAGAUAGUCGCUCUGCCAGCGGCUCAGAUUAAAGCCGAUGCUCCAGUGUGAGUCGAAAACAAUUGCAAAAAAUCGCAAACUUCCGUAUAGAAAGGUAUUUUUCAGUUCUAACGAGAUAGUCCCGCUGCCGGUGGCUCCAAUCCAUGCUGACGUGGAAGUCGUCGUCGGAAACAACGUCACGAGCACUUCCACGACGGCUUCCACCGAAAAAAAGGGCUUCUGGUCGACGUUCUUCGGAUCCAUCAAACUUUUCUUUGAAACUCUCACUAAUUCCAUCGGGUAGGCGCUGAAAAUUUGAAAUGGCGGAAAGAAAUCACUACAAACGAUUUUUUCAGUGGUUUCUUCAUUGAUAUCGGCAAUCGGGUCAGUGGAUUCGUGGAGAAGCGCGUCAAUGUCUGA